AUGGAGGCGGCUGCUCGGCUUGUUCCUGCCGUCCACCAGGGGUCUCUUCUCCCUGCCCCACCGCAGGAGCCCCCCUUCCAGGUUGUACACGUCCACAGUGCCCGGGUCACUCCGCGUCGAAUCCCCGGCGCACAAGUCGCACAGUCGCUGCGCCACCCGGCAGGCGUGGAACCCAACGGUGCAGUAACACAUCACCACCGUGCCAGCGCUGUCUGUGGGCGAGGCGGGUCACGGAGCGCUCAGGGAACAGCUUCCAGCGGCCUCCCCGCAGCGAGGAUGAACCCAAUCAUCUGGUGGGUCCGCAGCAGCUUCCAGUCCGUGCAGGAUAUGGGCUCCGACUCCCUGGUGCAACAGCUGGCACAGAAACCAGGACACGUCUUGCUGCUGGAUGUCCGGAGUGUGGCUGAGUAUGAGGUCAGUCACCUGGAGGGAGCCGUUCGCAUCGACCCGGACACCAGCGACGUGGGGACGGUGGUCAAGGAGCUGGGACUGACAGCCAGCGGGCCUGCCCGGGACGUGGUGUGUUACUGCACGGUUGGUUAUCGCUCGUCCCGGCUGGCACAGCGACUUGACCAGGCCCUGUCCACCGGAGCGCAGGGCAGUCCCGGCCCCAGCCCCAGCCCCAGCCCCAGGGUCUACAACCUGGAGGGGGGGCUGGUGAAGUGGGCCAACGAGGGCAAGCCCAUCGUGGACAGCGGGGGCAAGCCCACCCCCCUCGUUCAUCCCUACAGCGCCGUCUGGGCCUAUCUCCUGCAGCCUGAGUUCAGGGCCAAGAUAUGAGAGAGGGAGACUCUCCAGACUCCUAACCCUGGACUCCUGACCUCUAAAUGUCUGACCCUGGACCUCCGACCCUGGACCCCUGACCUUUGGAUUUCCGACCCUGAACCCCUGCACCUCCAACCCUGGAUCCCCAACGCUGGACAUCUGAUCUUGGACCCCUGAUCCUGGACCUCCGACUUCUGGACCUACAAACCACUGGACCUCAGGACAACUGAUCCUGGACCUCUGACCUGUCGACCUAACCACCAGACCCCUCGACCCUGGACCCCUGACCCUGACCUCUGGACUGAUCCCUGGACCUCUGACCUCCAAAACCCUGGACCCCCUGGUUCAGAAAUAGUGCUCUGGGAAGGAUGGGAUGAGUUUGCUUGUGAGGAAAGGGUUAUAGACAAUAGGAGCAGGAGUAGGCCAUUCGGCCCAUCGAGCCAGCACUGCCAUUCAAUGUGAUCAUGGCUGAUCAUCCACGAUCAGUACCCAGUUCCUGCCUUCUCUCCAUAUCCCUAAGAGCUCUAUCUAACGCUCUCUUGAAAGCAUCCAGAGAACCAGCCUCCACCGCCCUGUGAGGCAGAGAAUUCCACACACUCACAACUCUCUGUCUGAAAAAGCUUCUCCUCAUCUCCG